UUCCUCUGACCCAGCUGUCACUGGUUGUUCCUCGUUGUUCUCGACACACAGGAAAGAUGAUGGACGAAGAAUCCACAAAGCGUUACCUCCGGGCGAGUGAGGAUGCUCAGAAACAAACUCAGGGAGGGUUUAAAGUUCAGGUCGGGCAGGAGGACAGAGAGAUCACCGUCCUGCCGAGGAGGACGACGGACGAACUUGACAAGAUGGCUGACUCCUCCUGCUGCUCCUCUUGUAUCCGACUGAAGAACAAAUGUCCCCGACCUCGAGGCCUCCUCAACCUCUGCAUCACUAAAGUGGCUGUGUUCGCCCUGCUCUUCGGGGUGGUCUGGUCUAUAACAGGAAGUGAAUGUUUACCUGGAGGAAAUCUGUUCGGACUCGUGGUUCUCUUCCUCUGCUCGGUGCUCGGGGGGAAGCUGGUUGGUAUGAUCCAGCUGCCCACGCUCCCCCCCUUCCCUCCUCUACUUGGCAUGCUGCUGGCCGGCCUGCUGCUGCGUAACGUCCCGUACAUCACGGACGCCGUUUACAUCGACACUCACUGGUCCGCAGCGCUGAGGAACAUCGCGCUGUCAAUCAUCCUGACCAGAGCCGGACUGGGCCUGGACCCCUCGGCGCUGAGCCGGCUGAAGGCGGUGUGUGUGCGUCUGGCAGUCGGCCCCUGUGUGGUGGAGGCCUCCAUCGUGGCCGUGGUUUCUCACUUUCUGUUGGGACUUCCUUGGGUGUGGGGCUUCAUCCUGGGUUUCGUGCUGGCUGCGGUGUCCCCGGCGGUCGUGGUUCCCUCCAUGUUGCUGCUGCAGAGAGAGGGAUUCGGCGUGGAGAAGGGAAUCCCGACCCUCCUGAUGGCUGCUGGGAGUUUUGAUGAUAUUCUGGCCAUAACCGGGUUCUCCACCUGUCUGGGAAUCGCCUUCUCCAAAGGGGCCAUGUGGAUGAACAUCCUGAAGGGUCUGCUGGAGGUGGUGGGGGGGGUCAUAGCCGGGCUGGUCCUGGGUCUGUUCCUGUGCUGCUUCCCCAGCAAGGACCAGGAGGACCUGGUUCUGACGAGGACUCUCAUGCUGUUGGGUCUCUCCAUAUUUUCCGUCUUCUUCAGUCAUGUUAUUGGCUUCGCGGGGGCUGGGGGUCUCUCUACGCUGGUGCUGGCCUUUCUGGCUGCUCUCGGCUGGAAAACCAACAAAGCUCCCGUGGCGGCCAUGGUGGGUCGGUCCUGGGAUAUUUUCCAGCCGCUUCUCUUUGGUCUGAUUGGAGCGGAAAUCAGAAUAGCAAGCCUCAGCCCGAGCACCGUGGGUCUGGGUCUGGCCUGCAUCAGCAUCGGCCUGGUGAUCCGCCUGCUUGUCACCUUCCUGCUGGUUCACUUCGGAGGAUUCAACCUGAGGGAGAAAAUCUUCAUCGCUGUGGCCUGGCUGCCCAAAGCCACCGUUCAGGCUGCUAUUGGCUCCAAGGCGUUGGACAUGGCGAGGGAGGGGGGCGACGAGACCUUAAUUAAGUUCGGUUUGGACGUGCUAACGUUAGCCGUGUUAGCAAUCCUGACCACAGCGCCCAUCGGAGCGCUGGGUAUCGGACUGGCAGGACCACGCCUCCUGGCCCGGCAGGUCAAAGCAGAUGACGCAGAAGGCGGAGCCUCAGAUCCAAUCAGCAACGGGAUUGGUCCAGAAAAAGGCAACACGAACCUCGAGAGCAAGCUAUGAGGCCUGUGAUGGGACAGACAGAAGAAAGCUAUGUUAUAUUUCCUAACCUUCUUCAGGUGCAUAUAUACUUGUAAACAUUUAUAUGUAUGUUACUUUGACGCCAGCUUUGAUGAGCGUUCGCUCGGCUGUAUAUCACGCACGACUGCAGCAGCUAUUAACAUUUCGAAUGGAGGACUAGUUAGUGACUAUAAAGCCUUUCCCUUUUUAACGAUCCAACAAGCACUCCUGUUGGCUGAAGCUAAUGGUAAUUAGCUGAGCAGGUACUUUAGUUAGCAGGCUAACAAGUUGACAUCAUUUAAGCUUAUAAUCAGAAGUGGAUUAAUGAUGAAAUAUUUGACGUAGAAGCAGAAAUUCAUCAAUUUGGUCUGGUUUUAAUUAUUGCUCCCACUUUUAUUCUAUUUAUUUUCCAAUUAAGAUCCAUUUUUGCCAAGAAUUAUUGUAAUAAACUGUGAUUUCCUUCAUGCUCUUUUAAUAAAAGCUUAAUAAAUACAUAAAAUAAACA